AUGGCAAGAAAACGGUCCAGGGAUAUCAAUAUCCCACUUGAUUUAACGGUGGAGAUACUCAAGAAACUUCCGGCGAAGUCUCUGGCGAGGUUCCGAUGCGUCUCGAAUGAAUGGGAAAAUAUGAUCAAUAAAUUCAUAGUCAUUGACUCGAUCGUGACUCGGUGUUUGAGUUUGACUAAACCAACGCGUGACAUCCACGUCAUCAGCUAUAGAGGUUCGUCCACUCUCCGUUUUUCCAACUACUCGUAUAGUUUCCUUUCUCCUCAGAUCACAAACGAAGAACAACUCUAUAACGAGUAUAUCUUUGAAAACAGCAAAGGCUAUGACUCUUAUAGAAGUUUUCAAUACGUACGUGGGUUGAUCGGUUUUCAGUGUUUAGAUAGUGGUCUGUUCAAAAUACACAACCCUACCACGAGGCAAUCUGUUACCUUGCCCGUUACGUCUUUUCCUCCGAGCUGGUCCUACUUUUUCGGGUACGAUCCUAUCAAGAAUCAAUACAAAGUAGUGAGUAUAAGUCGCUAUCAACCGGAGCAGUCUUGUCUAGUUUUCACAUUGGGAGACCCCACAAAGCAGUGGAGGGACAUCCAUUGCUGCAUUGGACGUCACCCACCAUUCGGAGAAGCAGUUUGCAUCAACGGGACAAUCUAUUACAAAGCAAAGACGGUUUUGGCGAGUUUCAAUGUUAGGUCCGAGAAAUUUAAUCUUAUUCAAGAUCUGCCGAUUGACCCUGAAGAUUUGACUCUUAUAAACUACCAAGAGAAGUUGGGAUGCAUGUGUUGUAGCGACCUCAACAAAAACGAUGUGGAUAUGUUGGUUAUGGAGAAUGCCGAGAAACAAGAGUGGACUAAGAUUACAUUUGUGGCCAUGCUUCAAGAUUUACCUAGUCGUGUCGAUUUUGCGGGUGUCACUCAUCCUGGUGGUGAAAUCGUUUUAGUCCAUAAGACUUAUUAUAGUGGGUUGGCUUCAGUUGUUUAUUAUUAUGAUCCAAAACGGAAUAGUCGUAGAAGAGCUGAAAUCCAAACUACAACGUCCUUAUUCACAAGAAACCCUAGUGUAUACGUUAGAAUCAGGGCUGUCACGGAUCAUGUUGAGAAUAUUAUGCGUUUGUAG